AGCGCGAGCGAGUCGCACUUCUGAUAUGUGAUUUCUAUUCGAUGGAGCUGCAGACGCCGGAGGAAGCGGUGCACGCAGCGACCAGGUCCCAAGUGCCCAUUUCCACGCUCGACGACGGCUAUGGCUCCUCCAGCAGUUCACCCCACAACACAACAGUCGGCAGCUCAGUCGCGGCGGCUGCCAAUUUUAACCGAACCAGACUUGAAACCACGUUCCAGUACGGAGCAGGGCGGAGCAAACUUGGGAGGAUGACUGCCCAGGAGGACGUGACGGUGCUGGAGGACAAAGAGUGCCCACCUAGCAAAAGACUGCUCGAGGUUCGCCAAGACGAGAGCGGCGGGGUCGAGACCAAAGUGGUCGCGGUCCACUCGAAACAACCACCAGACGACGACAACACCAGGGAGACAUGGAGCUCGAAUGCCGAUUUCUUACUGUCCAUCAUUGGGUUCGCAGUCGACCUGGCCAAUGUGUGGCGGUUUCCUUAUCUCUGCUACCGCAACGGCGGAGGUGCGUUCCUGAUACCUUACACCCUUAUGCUGGUGUUUGGGGCUGUGCCGCUGUUCUACAUGGAGCUGAUUCUUGGCCAGUUCAAUCGGCAAGGGCCGAUCAGCGUGUGGAAAAUUUGCCCGCUCUUCAAAGGGGUGGGUCUGUGCGCCGUAAUGGUGGCAUUUUACGUGUCCUUCUAUUACAACGUCAUCAUCGGUUGGGCGCUGUACUUUUUCGUGGCCAGCACGGCGCCGACGUUGCCGUGGCUCGGCUGCAACAACACUUGGAACACAGAGAACUGCUGGCUGGGCCUCGAUGUCAAUAAGACCAUGGUCUCGCCCUUGGACGGCGAGGGCGUCACCUUCGACAACCAGCCCAAUUCGGCCGCGUCCGAAUACUUCCAUCGCGGCGUGCUGGAGGUGCAGCACAGCAACGGUCUGCAGGACAUCGGAGCGCCCAAGUGGCAACUGGCGCUCUGCGUGUUUGUGGUUUACUCGAUGCUGUACCUGUCGCUUUUCAAAGGAGUCAAAUCUUCAGGCAAGGUUGUGUGGAUAACGGCAACUUUUCCCUACAUUGUGCUGAGCAUCUUGCUGAUUCGAGGGCUCUCGCUGCCUGGUGCCUACACGGGCAUUUCAUAUUACCUCAGCCCCAAACUGUCAUUGCUGAAGGAGACGAGGGUUUGGGUGGAUGCUGCUGUACAAAUAUUCUACUCCGUGGGAGCUGGAUUUGGCGUCCACCUUUCCUAUGCCAGUUACAAUAAUUUUAACAACAAUUGUUUCAGGGACUGUCUCGUGACGACAGCAGUCAAUUGCUUCACAAGCUUUUUCUCGGGAUUUGUCAUUUUCACAUAUCUUGGGUUCAUGGCUGAAAAACACUCAACUCCCAUUAGCUCCGUUGCAACUGAAGGGCCUGGGCUGGUUUUCCAGGUUUACCCUGAGGCGAUUGCAACCUUGCCAGGAUCGUACAUCUGGUCGAUGUUGUUCUUCUUCAUGCUAAUCAUGCUCGGAUUAGAUAGUGGAAUGGGGGGAAUGGAAUGUGUGAUUACUGGGCUGAUGGACGAGUUUAAGGGAUUUUUUCAUGGGCGGAAGUACGCCAGGGAAAUUUUCACCUUGUGCGCCGUUUCUCUCUCCUACUGCGUUGCCCUGGUCAAUGUAACUCCGGGAGGGAUAUACAUGUUCCACUUGUUUGACACUUACGCCGCUGGUAUCUCGUUGCUGUGCUCGGCGCUGUUCGAGUGUGUCGCAGUUUCGUGGUUUUACGGUUUGGAUAAACUUUCGAAAGAUGUGGAGGCGAUGUUGGGAUUCAGACCCGGACUGUACUGGCGCAUUUGCUGGAAAUUCAUAAGCCCAACUUUUCUGAUCGGGGUGAUCAUGUUCGGGCUUUUAUAUCACGAGCCACUGGAAUACAUGGGCUACGAAUACCCCGCGUGGGCAGAGUGGUUAGGAUGGGGCCUGGCCUGUUCGUCCAUCCUCAUGAUCCCGAUAGUUGCAGUCUUUCAAAUCGCCAAAGCACCAGGCACAUUCAAAGAGAGAAUAGCUUUAUGCAUCACCCCUGAAGCGGAGCACGAAGAGCUGAAGAGGACAUUCAAAGUAAAACGAUUUGAAAAAGAACACUGGUUUUACGUCUAGAGAUUUAAACACUUGCGUUUUUAAGGGAAAGUUCAGAAAUUUGAAAAAAUCUUUCUGAAAAUGAUUAAACUCUGCGUAAAUCAUUUAAACAUUUUAUUGGCCUCUGCCCAAUGUUUGCGUUUGGUCAUCAUCACACCAAAUGCAUAUUGAUUUUCGAUGCCAGUGAAUCAGAGAAGGUUAAAAGCUGCAAAAACCGCAAAGACACUAUUGUAACGGCGCCGAAACUUUUAAACAGAAAACGUGUCUCAAAACCGCAACUGACUCAUGAUCUCAAAGCGCUGUAUCGUUUUCAGUUUUCUCAACGGUUUGUUACACGAACCGCACAACUUCUGAUGGUCAGUUCAAGAAGGAAGGUGACCGUGCUCGUGAAAAAUCAUUCCUCUUGAGACAGAGUCAAAUUGAAUCAAAAUUACUGUACAUAAUUCAAUGUUUUAUAAAUAUUCUCUCGCUUCUUCCGCAAGACAAAAGGCAAAAUCUUCUGGGCUUUUUUUACGUAAUUCUUUCAACUUUUUUAUUUUUAAUUUUUUUGUAAAUAAAAUAAAAAGUAUAGCGGUGGUUUUUAGAGCAUUAAAACAAUCUUAAAUCUAUAUAAAUUAUUUAAAAACAACUGCAAAUUUUGCGUGAAAAUUGAGUUAUUGAGAUUAUAAUUUCAUUGUAGUGGUUAAUUUUUAUAAUUUUAUUCCAAGUCCAGGAGUGCUAAAAUGUUUGAAGUGAAAACGCCUUUAGCGAGAAUAAAGUGAGUGUUAAAAAGUUAGUACGUGUUUGCUGUGCUGUUGAGUGGUAGCAAUAAUGGGCACUACAAUUACUAAAUUCAUCUUGGCUGGGCAGCCACUAAGCCAAGCUCUGUAUUCUUAAAAUAAAUGUGAUGAUUUUGCUCUCAGCAUUUUUUGAGUACAAAUUUAACAUUUUCAUUGUGCACUCGAUACAUCUCCUGUCAAAGAGAGACCCCAUUUAAUAUUAGAUACUCUAAGUAUAAAAAUCAAAUAUGUUUGAUGUAAAAUGGUAAAAAUAUUUGUUCUGAAGUGAUCGUCUUGAUGCUUUUACCCAAUCAAUCCACACAAGAUUGUAGAAGGAAUUUACUUGGACAAAAGAGGCCCUAGAAAAAAUAAAUUGUAAGCUCUUUUUUAACGAGCAUUUCGGUGGCAGGUUAAAAUAAAUAUAAUGUUUCUGGUGUUUGCGAUUUAUUCUAUGAUCUACAUUUUGUGCGACAAUGUUGAGCUUGAUAAAAAGACAAUUGAUUUAAUUGGAAAAGUUUGAGGUAUCAGUGCUAUAUUUAUAAUAGUUAAAUUGCUACAAAUGCAAAUUUAAUAAUGCAAUUAUUAAACCAUUAGUUUACAUUGUUGAAAUACCAACAAUUAGAGAAAUUGCUAUUGCAUUUUACAAUUAUACUUUCCAUUGACUCGUUAUUGUUAAAUUGAAAAAACUUACAUUUUUAUUUACAUCUUCAUGUUUUAUUUUGCUUUACUUUUUAUUGCAAAAAAAAAUGUAAUUUUGUUCCGAUCAUGUUUUUUUCACCAAAUUUGAUC